CCUGAUUCAAAGGCCAAUUAUUCAUGCUAUCAGACAACCCAGUUUUUCAUAGCAUUUGAAUUUGUCCAGUUUUAUUCUACAGCCUUUGGUCAUUCUUUACUUCAGCUUUACUCUUUGAAGACACACCAGGACGAGACUGAAAGCUGUAGUCGUCCAACAACAUGCUGCUCCGAUUUCGUGGCCCGGAUGGCACAGUACGACUGGAAGUUGAGCCAAGUACAACAUUUGGCCAGCUAGGUUCAAAGCUAUCUGAAGUCUUGCCACCAAAUACCGACAUCUCCACGUUGACACUCUCGAACCAACCCGCGGGGGGCGACAAGAAGUCCAUCAAGGACAUAGGGAAAUUCAAAGUAUCACAGAUAGGCUUAAAGCAUGGCGACCUUAUUUUCAUAUCAUACAAGUCGAAAGAUGAUGCCACGAAUGGCGCUGCAAACGGGAGUGCUACGAUUUCCAUACCUUCACAUCCCAUGUCAUCUACAAAUCGACUAAAUGGCAACCCAAUUCUACCAACAGAAGAUAUACCAAUAUCUCCACUUCCAGUCACAUCGCCAUCACAGAAGAUCAAGAACCCAUGGGAGGUAGUUAAGCAAUCUGCACUUGACGACAGACUCGACAAGCAAGAUGGAAAGAUUGAGCGGAAAAGAGACCAGAAAAUGUGCAGGCAUGGCCCGAAAGGAAUGUGCGACUAUUGCAUGCCUUUGGACCCAUUCAACGCCGAUUACCUGGCGGAAAAGAAGAUCAAAAACCUUUCCUUCCAUUCAUAUCUCCGAAAAAUCAACUCUGCGACGAAUAAACCAGAGCUGGGCGCCUCAUUUAUGCCACCUCUUACCGAGCCGUACUAUCGAGUCAAGCCAAACUGUCCGUCGGGACACCCCCAAUGGCCAGAAGGUAUCUGCACCAAAUGUCAACCGAGCGCCAUUACCUUACAACCCCAGUCGUUUCGCAUGGUAGACCACGUCGAGUUUGCAUCGGCAACGCUGAUUGAAAAGCUAUUAGACUAUUGGCGCAAGUCCGGUGGUCAGCGGUUAGGGUAUAUGUACGGCCGAUACGAGGAGUACACAAAGGUGCCGUUGGGAAUCAAAGCAGUCGUAGAGGCGAUCUACGAACCACCGCAGCAUGACGAGAUUGACGGUAUUACGCUGAAUGAGUGGACCAAUGAGAAGGACGUAGACGAUGUUGCACGUCUCUGUGGCUUACAGAGGGUUGGUGUCAUUUGGACUGACUUGCUGGAUGCCGGAGGAGGCGAUGGUUCUGUCGUAUGCAAGAGGCAUAUCGACUCUUAUUUCCUCUCUUCCCUCGAAAUUGCAUUCAUAUCACGGUUACAAGCGCAGCACCCCAAACCGACGAAAUGGAGCGACACUGGGCGAUUUGGAUCGAACUUCGUUACAUGUGUUGUGACUGGUGACGAGCAGGGCCAAAUCUCAAUUUCAGCAUAUCAAGCAUCGAACUCGGCAGUCGAGAUGAUACGAGCUGAUAUUGUUGAGCCUUCAGCCGAUCCCGGGGUUAUGAUCGUCCGGGCCGAGGAGGAAGACGAUUCCUCCGUCAGCCGUACACGCUACAUCCCUGAAGUCUUCUUCCGCAAAAUUAAUGAGUACGGAGCCGCAGUCCAAGAGAAUGCCAAGCCGUCUUUCCCGGUGGAAUAUCUCCUUGUUACGUUGACCCAUGGCUUCCCGCAAGAACCCAAGCCGGCAUUCACCGCACCACCCUCUGCCUUCCCUGUUGAAAACCGAGAGGCGAUUGGGCAGUCACAGGAAUACAAGUCGGUUAGCCAAGCUAUUGGCCUCCGACCAGACGGACAGCUUAAGAGAUCCGACACGGGCAUCGAGGCCGUCUCGGACUUCCACCUCCUAUGUUUCUUGCGUAAUAUGGCCAUUUUAAACAAAGACGAGGAGGCGCUGUUAUGCCGUGUUGCAACCCAACACGACCUUGCUGAUGGGUAUCAGCUGCUUAGUACGGAUGGAUGGGCUACACUGCUGGCUAUUCUUCAAUCUACUGCUUGAUACCCCUUACUUCUCAUGGAGUUUUAUGGACAAUUAUGAAUGCAGAUGCAGGGCGGUUGUGUUGGGAGACACCGGUUUUGGGUUGAAGACGGGUGCAAUUCGGGGCUUUGAGCGGAGCGUAAAUGAAUACGAUUGCAUUACCUUGGCGUUGAUCACUGCAAUCAUGGAGUAUUUGAUCUGCAGCUUAAGUCUAGAUGUGAUAUGGCUAGCAUAUAUGAAAAAUACGAUGGUUUUCAAAACUUGAAAGAGC